UCUGAUGUUUCAGAAGAUGUUGAACCUGUAAAAGAAUGUGUCAAGAUUGAUGAAAGGUUAAAAGAGAAGAUUACAGGAAUUUCGGGUUUAUCUGCGAUAAAACAGUGUCUGGACGAUGAUUUGAUUCCAAUUUGUUUCGAACAAAAUUCAUUUAUUGGUGGUUUAUGGAAAUAUGAAGAGGUUAGCGAAAAAAACAAAGAACCUUAUUCUACAAUUUAUCAAAGUAUAAUAACCAAUACAUCGAAGGAAAUGUCGACGUAUUCUGAUUUUCCAAUUCCAGCAGACUGGCCAACUUUUUUUCAUCAUUCAUUAUUAGACAAAUACCUUAAUCUAUACGCUGAAAAUUUUAAUCUUUUACCUCACAUUAAAUUUAAUACUACCGUGUUAAAGGUAUCAAUACUUCCUGACAAACGUUGGAAAGUUAAAUAUAUUAUUCAAAAUAAAAAUGAAGAAAACGAAGAAAUUUUUGACUUCGUAAUGGUUUGCUCCGGUCAUCAUCAUAAACCUAUAUGGCCAGAAUUUAAAGGAAUGAAUUUAUUUAAGGGUGAACAAAUGCAUUCUUAUAAGUAUAAACGAGCUAUAAAUUUUGAAAAUAAACGAGUUCUAGUUGUUGGUAGUGGAAAUAGCGCAAUAGACAUCGCAGUUGAAUUAACUCAUGCCACAUCACAAGUUUAUUUAAGUAUUCGAAGAGGAAAACUUCCAUGGCUAAUACCACGCUUCGUAAAUGGUAAAGCGCGUGAUCAUCAUGCAUCUCGCUUUUCUACAUAUGUAAUUCCGCCUAGCAUCAGAGGAAGAAUAGCUGAAAAUAAUUUUUCUAAAUCAUAUGACCCAUUUCCUUCAUACUUAAAGCCCACCGAUCCUUUAUUUUCUACAUAUCCUACUACUAACUCUGACAUCUUUGAGUGCCUCGCAGCUGGUACGAUUAUUGUAAAACCGAACAUUAAAGAAUUUAAAUCUGAAAAUAACCAAAUUGAAUUUAUCGAUGAAACUAUCUUGGAUAAUAUUGAUGUUGUUAUUUAUUCUACUGGAUAUCAUAUCGAUUAUUCUUUUUUAGAAAAGGAUAUUUUUACAGGAGGAAAUGAGAUUGAACAAGAAUAUGGCAAAGAUUUUAAGGAUUUAGUUUGGUUAUAUAAAUCAAUGUUUCCUCCAAAGUAUCCAAAUAUUGCUUUUAUUGGAUUGUUAGUAGCAGCCGGUGCCUUCCCACCAGUUACUGAAAUGCAAGCGCGUUAUAUAACAAGCCAAAUUAAAGGAUUUAUCAAACCACUCCCAUCACAAAGUGAAAUGGAAAAAUCUAUACGUAAUUAUUAUGAAAAUAUUCGUAAAACGUACUGUAAAGCUGCCCGUAGUACUAUUCGUCGAAGUUAUCUACCUUAUAUGGAUUCUUUGAGCAAAGAAAUUGGAUGUUAUCCUUAUUCUUAUGAAAUAAUUAAAAGAUUUGGUUUUAAAUUUUGGAAAUUAAUUAUAUUCGGCAUAGCUACUCCUAUUCAAUAUCGACUAAUAGGGAGAAAUUCUUGGGAAGGUGCAAGAGAUGCUAUUUUAAUUUAUAACAAGAAUAGACUUCAACCUAUU